AUGACGACACCGGAUAGCAGCGGCAAAGGGGCGCUUCGGCGCUUCUCAGCCUCAGCAAAUUUCGGCCCGGGGUUCUGUCCGCUCCCAGCCGGGCACUGUGGAGCACAUGUAACCAGGAGUCGUGGAGUCUCCGGUCCGCAAUGCUGGGCUCGCGAUGAUGCGGCCGCCAUCACGAGAAGAUGUUCAGACCGCGCAGUCGCAUCUGGUGCUACUCAAGUCCAAGAUGCGGCAGCGUCGGCAGCAGGCAUCCCUCGAUAUGGUGGAUCCGCGCUUGGGGCGACCGCCUUCAGGGCGGACUCUGGCCGAGAAGUCUGCCGCAAGAGGUGUCACCUGGCCGGCUCCCUCUGUGGCUCUUCUAGACCAAGCGGUUGCAGAUCAUGGGAUUCCUCGAAAAACGCCAGUCCAAAGAACCUUUCUGCCACUUCUUAUCCCUUCUUCGGGGCCAUGGUCCGGAAGCGGAGUUCUUCUGCGUCGCCCCAGCCAAAGAAAGGUAAGAGGGAAAAGAAGGAGAUUCACGAGAAGAGCAAGAAGAAGGUGCAGGUGGAAGAGCUCCCCAAGAAGGCCGAUAAGAAAGAGGCGAUCAAGGAGGUCCCAGAAGCAAAGCUCUUCAAAGAGAAGCCCAAGAAAGUCGAGGAAUCCAAGAAGGAUGACGAAGAUGACUGGGAGCUGCUGGACGACGAAGAGCUGCUCCGCAGAGAGCAGUCGCGGCCCUCGGAGGCCAAGAAGGCUCCCAAAGAGGAGCCAAAGAAGAAGGAGCUAAAGCCGCCGUCACCGAAGCAGAAGGCAGUCAAGGAGAACAAGGUGCCUUCUGUGCUCUGUUCGGUGAGUAUUGUUUCUGGGUCUUCUCAGCAGCCAUUGUGGCUGAGUGUGUUCCGUCCCAAUGCACACUGGGGCCUGCCCCGCUGUGCUUCGAGUCUACACAUGCCAUGGAGAGCGACUGCUUUGAUCGGCCUUACUCUGAAUUUAGCUGCAUCUUUUCGGCCAGCCAUCGAGACGGAGGCAGAGAUCCUCUCGUCGAGCGAUUCCCUAGACCGAAAUACCUCGGACUUGGACGCUUGCCUCACGGAGCAUCCCGAGAUGCAGCGGGCAAUGCAGUCAGGUGAUGUGGACGCCGUGCGCCUCCUCGGCGCAGAGCCCAAGACUGGCCUCAGCUUGCUCUGCCUUAGUGGCAAAGCGGUGACGCCACUGGAGCUGGCGGUGGGAGGAGUCAGAGGCACCGCAGGAGCCGCUUCGGGUCUGGCGCUGGCCGGCGCGCUCUUCGAAGCCCCGGACUCCGAGUUGGCUUUGGGCUUGGCACGGCUGCGGAGGCGGUUACAAGCAGAAGCCCAAAAGCUUCCGAAGCUGAACCGUUACUGGGAUCCCCAAAACCUCUCCGACGGCCUCGACACCCUCCGGAGCCUGGUGCCCAGAGCGCUUCACCCGACACCCGAGGAGCAAGAAACCGUGGGGGACAUUCCCCACAAUUGGAUCACUUACUACCAGGUAAAGAUCAUGGGCGCCAACGCACACAGCAGUCAAAAUGCUUCAGUGCGACGAGAGAUGGAGUUGCUGCUCUCCGCUCAAGGCUUCGAUUCCUUUGCAAGAAAUUAUUCUCUGGGUGCCAUACUGCUAGCCCUGAUCCUUCUGGUGUUCGGCUUGCUGGUCUAUGUCUCCUUUCGACUUCGAGUCUUUGGAUGGUUUGAAGUUCCCAUCUCCAUGGCCGAAAUGCUUCCGGGAGCCUUCAGUCCUGUGCGACUGGCAGAUCCAGACUUCGAUCCCUGUCGCCAGAAGAAGCAGCUGCCCUAUCGAUUCGUGAAGGGCCAGCUGAUCGCCCGACCGAUCCCGGCCUGGGACAGUCUGGACAGCUUCUUUCAAGCUGUCUUUGGCGCCUAUGCUUCCUGGCUCCUGCUUUGCGUGCGCAUCCCGCCCGAGAAGGACACCUUUGAUGAAGAGUACCUCACUGACGAUGACGAGGUGAUCUUCAGGGCUCUGUGCUUAUUUGCAUUGGAGGUUUGGCUGCUUUGCUAUGCAGGGCGAUAUGGUGAUGCCUUCCUCCUCAAUCUACUGUAUGUGUGCUAUGCCCGGAUGGCCUCAUGUGUUGCUGCAUGCAGCAUCCCGACGCCCAUGCCUGAGAAGACAGACUGUGAUGCUGAGCUCAUGCCGGGGCAAGAGAUGGAUGCAGCAGGGGCCGUCACUGCCGUGUUCGGCGUGCAGCACGGCCCUCGCUGGGCCAGGGCGCAGUGCAGCACGCGCAGCACGGCCGCACCCAACAAGACCAAAAAGCAGCGCCGUCUUCUCCGGAGGCGCGAGACCUCGGAGAGGGAAAAAGCGGAGAGGGCCGAAAGGCAGCCAGACAGCGGCGCUGAGCUGGAAUCCAAAGAGGCCGAGUCACCCAAGGAUAGGCACGAGGAAGCAGAUGCAGCAUCUCCGCACUCAGGCUCGGAGAUAGGCGGGAAUUUCAGCGACAAAUUUCAACAGCAGCUGAUAAAUGCAGGUAUCAUGCAUGUAAAUCAUGCAGCAUUGCUCGAGCAUUCUGUGCUCAGCAUGGUCAGCUGCUUCUUGUCUGUGCUGUUCUUGAUGCACCUUCGCUGGACCUUCACGAGCAAUUUCAGAGGCUUCUAUGGUGCCAGUUCGCCGUUGCAGAUCGUGCAGGCUUACGGCCUCCCCUACUCCGUGGACAGGCUCAUGGCCAUAACAGCUGAGGUUUUGCUCAUGUGGUUUUGCUUUGAGCGUCUCUACGACAUCUCCAGUUUGCUGCAUGUCGCCAGCCUCUCCCUGCGGCAGCGGAGCGCGGCCCUGCGCUUCAUGCGUGAGCACCAGCCACCCUGGGCCACCGGCGUCCGGGAAGUGCCUUUAGAGCAGGCCAUCGUCUACUGCGAGGAGGUCGUCCGUUGCAGUGACUUUGCCUUGGAGCUUUCCGAUGCACGAUGGCAGAUCUUGCAUAAGCCCGUGGAGGUUAUCGUGUCCAUGACGGAAGCUUUGCUGUUUCUGGCCUUUCUGCUCAUCACCCUCCCCUACCUGCCCUUGCCUUCCUCUUUGCCCUUGCCUCCCUCCUUGCGAUCCUCCCUUCCCCAAAAGCCCUCCUUCGCUUCCUUGCGCUCCUCACUGCCUUUCCUUGAGCCCAUCCUGGACCCUGUCAUACCCCUCACCGUUGCGCUCGCGGUCGUCUCGCCCGCCGUCCACGCGCUGCUCCAGGCGCACUUCGCCAACACGGAGGUCGCACGACAGCGGGCGAUACUUCGCAGCAAGGCCGAAGCGGCACUCUCCUCAGCAAAGGAGGAGGAGGAUGUCCCCUUUGUGCAGCUGCGGAAUUCUUCCAGGGAGGCUCUCGCCAAGGCAACUCUGAGAUGGAGCUCCGGAAGAGCCCUCGGCCUUCUAGAACCCAUCCUCUUGCUCUACUUCGCCUUGACCGUCGUAGGGCUGGCCGUCCUCACCAAGCUCAACUUCAUCAUCAUCUACAACACACAGCUAGAUGCCGUGGUUGUUGUCGCUGCGUUUUCACUGCGCCGAUGUCACGGGCGAGGCAGCCCCCAGCGGAAGCGCAAGCGCGCCCGCACCCCGACGCCGCCGGACGCUCGGUCGCCUUCCAAGAGCUCCUCCUCGUCGAGCCUGGGCUCCAAAACUCCAGAGGACGCCGCGUUCGCGGAGAGAAGCAAAGAAAGGGGCCUGCGCUCCGACUCCGAGUCGGAAGCGAAGCCAGAGGUCUUCGGCCCUCAGAAGCCGUCCAAGCCCUUCGGACCAGAGCGCGGUGUCCCGGAGCGUGACCCAGAAGGCCCGCCGCUGGCCGAGGCCGUGCUCUGGCCGCUGCCCCGGCUUGGGGACAAGCCGGCACAGGAGGAGAGCGAUAAGGGCAAAGGAAAAGGCAAGCGGCCAGACAUGGAGAAGGGAUUCGUCUCCCCCUUCGCGAGAGACCCACCAUCCGCACCGACCGUGGCCGAGCCCCGGGGGAUCCCGAGCCCACGGCAAGGGAGCCCGCGGCCAGCGAGCCCGCGGCCCAAGCCUGAGGCGAAGCCGGACACCACCAGGAGGCUGGUGGAGGACGGCUACCCCACGCCAUUGACAGCGUCACAGCCCACGCUGACACCCUCACAGGCACGGGUGCCUGCAAAGCCAGGCUUAAACUCAGGUAGGUCGACGCCGAAGUCUGUUGAGGGCCUCGUGGGGGGCAGCGAUGAUGACGGCGGGCCUCUAAUACCCUGUCCCGACUGUGGCCGCAGCUUCAAAGCAGACAGUCUGGAGCGGCAUAAGAAAAUCUGCAAGAAGGUCUUUCAGCAGAAACGCAAGCAGUUCAACAGUGCUGCCAACCGCUUGGGUGAGUUCGAGAAUGCCAGCCUCCUCAUCGAAAAUGCCUCCAAGAUAGAGCGACAAAAAGACGCUCCGAAAGAGGUGCCGGACAAGGCAGCCAAAAAGGACAAGUCCGUCCCGAAGUGGAAGGCGCAGUCGCUGGCUUUCCGCCAGGCCAUCCUUGCAGCAAAGGGUUCUUCCGACCCCGAAGCCGCCAAAAAGGCCGCGGAGCUGCAGAAGGAGAUCAACGCGGCCAACUUGGCCUCGGGAGGAAACGUCAUGGAGUCGGACAUGGUGAGAUGCCCCCACUGCGGCAGGACCUUCAACAAGGAGGCGGGUGAGAGGCACAUCGCCAUUUGCUUGAAGACCUUCGGCAAGAAGCUGGGGAACCGCGGCCCGGGCGGCCAGGGCGGCCCGGGCGGCAAGGCCGGGAGCAGCGUCACUCUCUCAACCGGCUUCCAAUCGGAGGGACAGUCCUAA